AUGCAGGCGCAUGAGUUUGAGCAAAAUCCUGCAUUUGAUGAAGAACAGGAUCAACAACAACAGAGAGAUCAUGCGUUUGAUGAUGAACAUGAUCAACAGCACCGGUUUGAACACAAGCAUCAUCAACAACCUGAAGAACCUAUAUUUCCUAGAGGUCCUUACGAUCUUUCUGUCCUUAAGGAGUAUGAGCACCAUAUUGCAAUUAAUGUUUGGAAUGGACAGGAUAGACGUGCCUUAAACAUUGUUUCAAAUGGAAAAAAGGAAGACAAAUUCAUUGAUAUCAGAUAUGUAUUACCUGCUCAGACAGAUAAUUGGAUUAUUAUAUCUGAAUUACGUCAUCUGCAAAGAUGUAGUUUGCACAUGAUUGACGGUAAUCUAAUAUCUGCUUUUGCUGAGAGAUGGCACACAGAGACUAGCUCAUUUCACCUGCCAUUUGGUGAAAUGACUAUUACUCUUGACAAUGUUAUGAGUAUUUUGAGCAUCCCAUGUUAUGGAGAGUUUUUUACACCUCCCGCUAAUGUCAAUGAAGAUUUGGCAAUUGUUGCUGCUGUUGAGUUAUUGGGAGUUGAUUAUGAUAAAGCUGUAAUUGAAACUAGGACCAAUAGAGGUGCCUCAUAUAGUUUUGAGUGGUUGAAAGCUGUAUUUUUUAAGCAACUUCAUGAAGGACGAUAUGACUGUGCAUCGAGGGUAUACCUACUUCACUUGGCAGGGUGUACCAUUCUAGCUGAUAAAAGUUUUACCCUUGUAUUUGCAAAAUAUUUGUUUCUUUUUCAAGACCUUGAUACUUGUGGUAAAUGGGCAUGGGGACCAGCUGCACUUGUUGUUUUAUAUGACUAUCUUUCGUACAAGGCCUACAACGAAGCAGAUUGGAGGAUAUUUGUCUCUAUUUCAGAACAAACAUCUCGGAACAUUGCAUACUACAGAGCAAAGUUGGAUGCUUUGAGGGAUACUAAUAUUAUCUGGACGCCGAAUUACGAUGCGAACUCUAUGACACGAUUUUCGUCUGUGUCGUUGUUUACAGGAUACAUUCUUUGGUGUUCCACGAUGGUAUCGUAUUUUCCAGAGAGGUGCACACGUCAGUUUGGGUAUACUCAACACAUCCCUCCUACACCACCGAUGCUCGUUGUACGUGAUGUUGAUGUUGAAUGGAGUAUGUACAGGAACUCUUGGUACUAUAAGAUAUCUCAUCCUCGGAUGAUCCAUUACAUUGCUGUAGAUGAUGGUGUUGGUCCUAGUUAUGAUGCUGAUGUUGGUCGUAGUCCUAGUCAUGAUGUUGGUUCCGAUAAUAGGUGUACACGGUGUCAUGAAAUGGGUGGUCUUAUACAACAGAGUUUAGAUUUAUAUAUGGGUGAUCCUAAAGAUGAGAUGUGUGUCUUACUAGAGAGAGCUUUACACAUUUUUAGAGGAGGAGAUUAUUAG